AUGGCUUCAAAGAACAUGAAGACAAGCAUGGCUCUCUACCUCACCUUCAACCUCGUCUUCUUGGGGUUCGUCUCCGCCCAACCUCCAGUGAUCGAACCUUUGAUGUGUCCACUAUCAGUGACCCAACUCAAUCCUUGUGUCAGCAUACUUGGCCUCGUCACUAUUACUCUCACCGCCCAAAAUGUGGCCACCUGUUGCAAUGUCUUAGCUGGAGUUGGUCUUCCUAAUGCACCUGAAUGUGCCUGUGAGGCCGCUAGAAACAGCCUUCUCGGCGGACUCGGACUUGGUCUCAACGUCAUCACUGGGAGAGUGAAUGAGCUUUUCAGCCUCUGCCCUUUAUCACAGCUACCAGUUGAACAUGACGACAAUCAUGAUGGCUCUCUACCUCACCUUCAACCUCAUCUUCUUGGGCUUCGUCUCGGCCCAAAAUCCAGUGGCCGAACCUUUGGUGUGUCCUCUUACGGCGACCGAACUCAGUUCUUGGUCAGAUUACUUGACGAAAACACUGCUACUCUCACCGGCCCAAAUGUGGCCACCUGUUGCAAUGUCUUAGCUGGGGUUGGUGUUCCUAAUGCGCCUGAAUGUGCCUGUGAGGCCGCUAGAAACUCCAUUCUCGGCGGAAUCGGACUAGGUCCCACGUUCAACACUGAUAGAGCGACUACGCUUCUCAGCAGCUGCACUGUAUCACAGCUACCAGUCGGUGGUGUCACCUGCAGCUUAUAA